AUGUCGCAAAUCGAUGUGCGCUCGCUGUUGGAACUGCUCGAGUCACCUUUACAAGGCUCACGAGAGGCUGCUCUGUCCACAGUGACGAGCCUCAAGGAGCUGACACGCGAUGCAAACAUUGCUCAACCUCUUUACACUCCAUAUGGUCUAUCAUGUCUACUGCGUUAUGGCUUCCCUGAGGCGCAAGAGUAUGAUACGACCGCUCUUGAAGCACAGCGAUGCCUUGCAAACGCUCUUCUUCAGUCCAAUAACUGCGUUGAGCUCCUCAUGAAGGACGAAGUUGGAGGACUUGCGAGGAUGCUCCAAGUGGCCUUGCAAGUUCAAGCGACAGCCGCAUCUGAUUUCUUGCUCGGGCGCAUUCUCUUCUUGCUAUGUACAAAGUCAGCGAAUGGUUUUGUCAGCCAAGCUGGACAGAACAGCAUUGAAAGCCUCCAAAAGAUCUUGGAAGGUCUACAGUAUCGUCACUUCGAGAAGUACUGUCCAGGAGAUGCUACACAAGGAGCGGCAACGGUUGAGCUGCUCAAGUUAUUAUACUCCCUGACAGUCUUUGCGCCAGAUAUUGUCAAGCACAUGGCAAAACUUACGCGAGUGGUUCUUGCAUUGCUUGAUCAAGCCAGCCACGAAGGUCAGAUCGAUGUGUUGCAUCACGCAAUCAGUCUCUUGACAAAUCUUGAGAUAGCGCCCGAAGAACUCGGAUCGUGCUUUCCAAUUUUGCCGAAUCUUCUACUCUCUCGUCUUGAAGCGACCCUGGAAGAGCUCAAGGAUGGUCAGCGUGGAGGACGAUCUCUCAAAGCCGAUGAGAAAGCCGCACCUCUCUUGUCGUUGCUCUCAAAAAUCGCUGCAUGUGGUCACAAGGAAACGCGCAACUUACUACGUGACCGACUCUUGGUACAAGAUGCCGAGAGACAUGUACCACUGGGACGCGGUCAGUCUCUCGCAUCGCGUCUUUUGCAUACGACAACAACCUCUGGAUCUCUGACUGCGCGAGAGUGUAUCUCUGCGCUUCUCUAUGAGCUCUCUGAUAGCGACCCACAACAAUUUGUGCUUAAUGUUGGGUACGGCUAUGCCUCUGGUUUCUUGACAGCACACGGCCUACCGACGCCUCGACUUGAACAAGGCCAAGUAAAUCCCAUCACAGGACAGAAAACAGCAGACGAGGAAGCAGACUAUGCCUCUUUAGAAGACAUGACUGAUGAGGAGAAAGAACGAGAAGCUGAGCGGCUUUUCGUUCUCUUUGACCGGCUCAAGAAAACUGGUAUCGUUGAUGUCAAAGAUCCUAUCAGAGAAGCAGUUGAGUCAGGCAGGUUCGAGGAAAUGUAG